AUGCGCUUGUGGGGGACGUUUAGAGAUAACAUGCUUCUCCAGCUUUCGGCCCUCACAUUUUUGUCCGUGGUUCACGCAUACCUAUCAGAUGGGCGACCUCACGCCAAUUUCCCUCGAAAAGCCACAGUCCCAGUCGUGCCUUUAGUGCAGGCUGGACCAGUCGUCAGCAAGAAUGGGACUGUUCUACCACCAUAUAAUACUACUUUCACCUUCCAACAACUUAUCGACCACAAUAACCCUUCUUUGGGCACAUUUACACAACGUUACUGGCACACCUGGGAGUUUUAUGAAGAGGGUGGUCCGAUCGUUUUGUUCACGCCUGGCGAGGCCAACGCUUCUCCUUACUUUGGCUAUUUGACGAACUCGACGAUAAAUGGGCAAAUUGCCCAGCAAGAAAGCGGAGCGGCUAUUGUUUUGGAGCAUCGGUUUUAUGGUCUCAGCAACCCACUUCCCGAUUUGAGCGUCAAAAGUCUGCGUCUACACACCAUACAACAAGCAAUUGAUGACUUGGAAUACUUCGCCAAAAACGUUGUUCUUCCUAUGCCCAACGGAGGAAAUCUCAAGCCCAACACAACGCCUUGGAUCCUCGUAGGCGGAAGCUACUCGGGAGCCUUGACGAGCUGGACGAUGGUCAACAAACCGAAACUAUUCGCUGCUGGAUAUGCAUCGAGUGCCGUUGUUGAAGCCAUUCUUGACUUUUGGCAAUAUUUCGAGCCCGAACGCUUAUUCAUGCCCGCCAACUGCUCGGCCGAUAUCCAAAAGGUGAUCGCACACGUUGAUCAGGUGUUUACUGGACGGGAUACAAAAGCCAUCCAAGCGAUAAAGGAUUCAUUCAGCAUGGGCGACGUCACCCAUCUUGAUGACGUUGCUGGUUCACUACGCAACAAUCUGUGGGACUGGCAAGGCCUGUCUCUUACCAUCGGCCCAGGGGCUCAAUUCUUCGACUUUUGUGAUGCGCUUGAGGUAAAAGACGGUGUCAGCGCUCCGGCCAGUGGUUGGGGGUUGGAUCAUGCAUUAGCUGCAUGGUCAUCAUACUGGAGCAAUACUUAUUUCCCACUCAUUUGUGGUCACCUUGAUGCAGAAGACUGUUUGGGAACCUACAACACUUCUCAAGCCUUCUGGACCGACACAUCCAUCGACAACGCUGGCAGAUCCUGGUUUUGGAUUGUAUGCAACGAAGUUGGAUUCUUACAAGAAUCAGCCCCACCAGGCGUGCCUUCUCUCGUUACUCGACUCGUCCAGCCCACAUACGAUCUCCGUCAAUGCCAACAGAUGUUCUCUGCUGCCUUCCCAAGACCUCCAAACGUUCAAAUCACCCGGACCAACAAGCUAUAUGACGGUUGGAAUGUGUCUAUCUCCAACUUGUUCUUUGCCAACGGACAACGUGAUCCCUGGCGUUAUGCAACGAUGUCGGCGCCUGGAGUGACGAUAAAAAGCACGCCAUCGCAACCUAUCGCUGUUGGAGCUGGUUACCACUGUGCCGAUCUUUUAACUCGCGAAGGCACAGCCAAUGCAGCCGUGUUAGCGGUUCAGACGGAAGCACUCGCGUCGAUAAAGAGCUGGAUUGCGGCAUGGAAACCAUCAGUCCACCGGCGAGACGGGUUUGAAGCUCGCGAGGAGGGGGCACCUUCAGAAUUGACCGGUCUGACGAAACCGCUUCAGGGGUGGUUCCGAUCGCCUGUGUUUUGA